UGAUAAUAUUCUGUAUAAUAAGAAUAAUCUGGAUUUUAUUUAGGAUAAUCAUUAUCAUGCCAAAUAAUCGGCAAAAUAUGUUGAUAUAGGAUAUAUAUAUAUUGUACUUCCUGAACAUAAUAUUGGACUUCCUGAUUGUAACAAUGUCUUUCCUGAUUUUAACGAGUAUCACGAAUAUAGGGAAAUAUAAUCGGAAACUGUGUUAAACGGAAUGAUGUGAUUAAAAUAUGUUUUCUGCAUUUAAUUCUAGAAAUGAAAAUUAUGUUGACAACAUCAGGCCAUCCACACAGACAUCACCAGGUCUCGGGAUGUGCGAACAGGUUGAAGACACUUCACACGUAGCACGCGGUGUGGCGGGGCCACAUCCUGCUGUAUAUAUCAACUUCCCUCCCCCCUAUAUGAAGUACUGUCGGGAUAGAGGAAAACCAAGGUCGUUAUCAGAGUUAAAAUCGGUCUUCGUCAUGGGACACGACGAUUAUAAUUCUGUGGAUAUCCCUGGGAUUAUGAAAUACCUAUGUGGAUAUCUCAUUGGACUUGAGACAGUUAGACAGCAGUUGGCAUAUAAAGAUGUUUCAAGUUACGACUCCAUGGAUACGGGGGUAUCUAAGACAGGUCAUAGGAAGAUAUCGACCGACUAUGUAAGUGAUGCGGAAUUGAUAUGGUUUGGAUUAACCUAUGACGGAUAUCAAGAGAGGUUAAAACAAGCGACAGAUAUUGGAGCUGCACUCGGCUGGCAAGAGACUUAUAAACAGCUUGUUGAACAAUGUUUUGAAGAGGAGAAAAUGUUUGCUGAAAUCAUAAAACAACUGCGAGAUCACCCCGACAGAGAUAGUGGACAUAUCUGUGAAGCCAAAUGUAAAAAGGAUAUCACACAUAUGAUGCAAAAAUGGAAGAUUUUGACUGCGAUCGAAACACAAUUAUCAAAUAAUAUUGAAAGAAUGAAAAGUGACCCAUGUUUGUCGGGGUAUUCAGAUAUUGAACGACAUUUUGGAAGUGCUGGCUAUCUUGAAAGUCUGAAACUGAAGCGUGAUAUUGCCAUACCAGACAGAUGGACACAUGAUGGUGAAACAACUUCAAAGUGGACUAGAAGAUUAAUUGCUGAAGUUGUUAUCAGCUGCGAGGAUCUAACUGAAACGAUAAAGAAUCAUAUUUCGAAAAUGGAGGCAGUGAGAAAAGAAAAGUAUAUCACACUAUGCAACAGACGUAGUGCACUUGAUGUAAUUGUUGGAAAACUAAAUAAAAUCAAGGUCAACGUCAGCAGUGGACACCAAGAAGCUGAUACUUUCUGUACUGAAGAGGAAAUCUGGUACAGUGAAUCAAGCUGGUCAUACGUUGAUGUAUAUAUCGAUGUUACUGAAAGAAACCGGUCAACACAGGCGGCAUCAAGUAAAUGGGAAGCCACAGCGAAGGAAAACCGGGCAAGUUUAUCUAAAAAAGUGUUUGAAGGCUGUCGCAAUCUUCAUCAACAAUAUGGCGAAUUGGUUAAAGGUUUAAGGACUGAAAGAGAAUCAAAACAACGUGGUAUCAAAACUCAUGUUUCGGAGUUAGAGGAACGGAUUGCUGAAAUACAAAGCAAACUGAUUGAGCUAACAAGCCAGUUUGAAGGGAAAGAGAAGCGUUGGUUUGAAAAAGAUAUCAAAACACAACUAACAAAUGCAGAAUUGACGGAGAAAUUAGACCGAGCAAACGGAUAUAUAGAACAACUUGUGACACAAGAAGAUUUACGUUGGCGACAGAACAUUGAAACAAUGAACUUGGAACAUCAAAGGCAGAUUCAACAACUUAAAGCACAAUUAGCGGAUACAAGAAACGGCAUGAGGGAUUUAAAAAUUGAGAAAGAAAAUCUGUUGACGAGGCUGAGCAAAAUAGCCGGAAGUAAACUUGUUCACGGCAAUCCGGCAAUCACAGAUCUCAGCGACGCAAACCGACCAACAAAAGUAUCGGAGAAGUAUUCCGAGCUGUAUGACAACGAAUGGACGGACGCUUUAGAGGAACUAACUGAUACCAUCGGCAUGGAGCAAGAACUAUUCUGCACGAAAACCCUUCUCGCUAUUUUAAUAGAAGCGUUCACCUUUUGCUGUGAAACUGAGGCUGGGUACGUAAAGACGAUCACACGGUCUAUAACAUCCCUGCCUGGACCUGAUCCAGAUCAGAAACAGAAUGACACUACAGACGCGACAACUCUGCCACAAGAACAACAGCAACAGUUCGAUGAACUUAGAAAGGCGUGUAUUCCUAUGCUGAUACCAGCUGUCGAGUCCAAAUUUCUCGAUUUCAUGGAGAACCAUUUUGAAAAACUUUUCAAACAAGUUGGUGGUCAGAACGAAAGCGACAGCAAAUUUCCUGACUGCAGAGAUGAUCUUCCUACUCAGGAACAAAUACCAGUGUGUGCUGUUCGAGAACACCAGAGUGCUGUCCCUGAUAAUGAGAACCAACAAUCUGUGUCAGACGAGGGCAAAUCUACCCAAAGACCCGACCAAGUAGGGACUCACUCGCCAACUGCUGAACAACCGAUAUCACCGAACAGCUCUGGUCAGGACCAAGCCGAAAGCGUUCCAAACAGAAAUCACAGACACUUUAGUCAUGGUUCCGCUAAGAUGUUGACCGGUAAGAACGAUCUACCGGAGCAUGCGAACGAGGAGCCGAACACAACUAGAACCACAGCUCAUGUCCCAUUUUCCUCGCUCAAGAAAACAUAUAAAUUCGCGAGAAUCUGUGCCAAUCUGUGUUGGUUUAUGAGAGUACAAAAUCCUCCCAUGGUCAUUGACAUCACUCUCAAAGAAGGCGAUGAAAUCAACUUUGAUUUUUACAAAAAUUACACUCAAAAGGGGAAACGUGUUGGUUAUUUCGUGUGGCCAGCAUUGUUUCUACACAAAGAUGGUCCAUUGUUAUGCAAAGGUAUUGUUCAGCCAUUAUCUACAAAGAAAGAUUAAAAUCUUAUGAUUACGAAGAACAGAGAAUCCAUGUGUACAUACAAAUGUGGACGUUAAGUUUGUAACCCAAAAUAUAUCUCUGAGCAAAUAUGUCUAACAAUGCAUCAAAUACGAAAAGAUACCAUGUAAAUAUAUAUGAAUAACACCCAUAAACUUGUAAGGAAUGGUAAAAAAGAUGUUUGUAAGGGAAAGAAGUUCAUUGCUUUGACGGGAUCUGACAUGUAUUUUGAAAUAGCUUUUGUAUGAUCAAUAAAAUAGAGUUGGAAAAAAUAUAUAUAUAUAUAAUAGGGGGUUCUUAUCAUCUUCCCCGUACUCGAAUAUCUUAACUGGUAGUAUCAGCAAUGUUAUUGAUGACUUGAAUGAACAAUAUGAAAGAAUAAAGUGAAUAUCAUAAACAUAUAUGAUACACAUGUAUGCGAAUUUAUUUUUAUGGGAAGCUGAUUAUAUAAUAAUUAGUGAUGACUAAUAAGAUCAUGUAACUGAGACCUCGAAAUAGUAUUUUAAUAAUCAAUAAAGUUAAAUAGAUAAGGAUGUAAAGAAAUACAUCAAUAAAUAGAUAAACAUGGAAUAAAAUAUCAUCUUCCCGGUACAGGAGUAUCUUAAAUCGAAAUAUCAUUUAUGUCAUUAUUCACCUCAAACGAAAAUGAUAGCAAAUGUCACCAACUACAAUGACAUGUCUUAUAUUGUUUGUUACAAUGAAAAACAUGACAGCCUAUAAUGGAGUGUUUUACUACAUUAUGUCACCAUCUACAUGUGCAUGGGUGUGUUUGUUUAAUUCGUGACUUUCUAUAUUUGAGAAUUUAUUUUUUUUUUUUUGUUUUGUUAUAUACAGGUAUAAAUGUCACUGUCUUCAUGAUAGUGUUUAUAAAUAUAUUUGUUACAUAAUGCGUUUGAUUUUCCUUAGUUAUACGCAUAAGCUAUAUUUUGAACUAUUGCACGGCUAAAACUAUUGAACACCUAUGACGCUUUGGAAUUUGGUCACGUGCGAACUAUUGAACACCUGUGACGUUUCAGAAUUUCGUCAGUGAUUCUAACUGUGUUUAGUUAUUAUGUAAUAAAACAAGUAUAUCAUGGUUGUCUUCGUAAUAGUCCAAAAUAUUGGACCCUCGGUACUGGUAAUGGCCUUCGGCUUCGUGCAAUAGAGCAUCGGUCGAUUACUGGUACCUCUCUUCAAUCAUCAUGGACUAUUGCACAGACACCCAUGAUAGAUUUGUGUAAUAUAUUAUAUAUAGCUAAAUUUUGAUUCCUUUAUUCUAUACAAAGCCACCGCCUGCGGUAGAUCGGUUUGCACAAUAUAUGAGUGUGAUUUUCAGAACAUCAUUUUAGAUUAUACAAUGUAUAUUAGAUUCAUUGUUUAUUAAAAUAAUGAUAAUAAUGGUAAUGUUGUGUUUUCUGUGCCACCACUUGAAUUACAUUUACCCGUCGAGGUACAUGCAAUUUUGACUAGAAGUGGACACUAUUUCACAUAUUGACCGGAGCCCUAUAUAGCUACAGGACAACGUAUUUCCAUGUCAAUCCAAACAAUAUAACUGUAUUUGUCUUGUAUCAGAAGCAACAUUGACAUGUGUUUCAUAUCAUUGUUUUUCGUGUUACUGCAGAUGUCCAAUUUUUGUUUUUUUGUUUCGCUUUUUGUUUCUUUUUUGUAACCCUACAUUUGGAAGUGAACGAAUUGCCAUGCAAGAAUACGCGUGUCGAGACAAUAACAUAUUACACUUUUGUUUUGUAAUAAGUACUGUCAUAAUAUACAUGUAUGUAAAGGUCCAACAUUAUGAACAUUCUUAUUUUUGAAUUAUUGCAGAAAAAAAACAGUCUUACCUUACUAUUCAUAAUUUGAAAAAAA